AUGGAAGCACAAGAGGAUUGCACUAUUCGAAGAGGGCAACCAAUUCGUCGUUAUCAGAAUGAUUAUAAGCCUGAUGGGCAUACAUCAGCUACAAUGAUAGUGAAUCAGCCACAGUAUCUGAAUGUAGGUAGACCUACUGUUCGAAUAGCUGUGUACUUAGUGACUGGAGUUUUCUUAAUAAUGGACAUUGAACAAAAUUUUACUGCGCAUCAAAUUUUGGCUGUAAUACAGUCAGAGGGGGAACUAGGAUUAUCAAGAACUUCAUUGCUCACUGGGCAAACAGUGUUUGCUUUGUGGCUCUGCUCUUCAAGUCUAGAAGUUCAACUACGUCCAAAUCAUAAGCCCAUAGAAAUGGCUGCAAAAUGGAAUCGUUUAGUGAGAAAAUACAGUUCCCAGAGCAAGGAGUCGGACGAGGAACCCUUGCUGUGUCUUAGACGAAAUGUGUUCCUUUCUAGAAUAGAUGAAGAGCAAAUAAAAGAAGCUAAGGUGUUGGAAUUGUUGUAUGCAGAAGCUAGAAAUAAUGUGCUGCAAGGGCGAUAUCCGUGCGAAGGUCAAGCACGGUAUGCAAGUUUGGGUGCCCUGCAAGCACGUAUCGAACUAGGCCCGUACAAUCCACAGAGCCAUACAUUAGCGUUUUUCAGAAAGCAUCGUGGUAGAUUUUUACCUCACCAUUACACUUCUCCUAGUUUGUUGCUGGGGCUGGGUCUCGGAUUAGGACUGGUAGGAGGGAAGGGAGCACCGGAGGCACGUCUUCUUGAACAGUACAAACGGAUACCCAAUCACACGGGGACUAAUGCAAAUCCAAGAAAACUGAUCAGAAAAUAUUUGGAGUUUUGUUGGAGUUUACCAUGCUAUGGCGCAGCGUUUUUCCAAGGACAGAUUGAGCGUCCUGUAAGAGGUCUAGCAUCGUGGAUCACGAACCGCGAUAUGCAAGUUCUGAUAGCCAUUAAUUCGUCAGGAGUGUACAUUGUGGAUGACAUGCAAUGUAGUUUAUUAUUGGGACUGAGGUACUCAGAGCUUAGUUGGGAAAUGGCAAAGCCCUCUGACGAAGGCAAUCUGGAUUGCCUGCCUUGUCUGUUUCUACAGUUCCCAGUACGAGAGAACGGAGCACGCGUUUAUAAGAUUCUACAAGUAUUCUCGAGACAAGCAAUAAUGAUGGAUACGUUAAUUUCUGGAUUCACCGAGGAACAACGUCGCCACGGGGCUAAUGGUGAUGUUGCGAAUGUCGACCGUUUAACGGAUCACUCGAUAGGGUCCAAUACAGGAAGCUUCACGAAUAAACUUAGUAAAUUUACGUUGGCCACCUUCGACGACGAAGGCCGUUGCAUUGGACAAAUGGGUUCUUGGUCUUUUCAAUAA